AUGCGUUUUUUCUCCAUCCCUAGUCAGGCCCUUGUGGCAUUCCUAGCUCUUGGUUCAGUCUCGGCUCGAGUUCUGACAAAGCGCGACAGCCCUGUCCUUCCAGGACUCUGGGCCGACCCCAACAUUGCCAUCGUCAACAAUACCUACUAUCUGUUUGUCACUUCCGAUGGCUUCGAAGGAUGGGGUGGUAAUUCGUUUUACUGGUGGAAAUCCCCAGAUUUGGUAUCAUGGACGAAGGGAGAGAAACCCUUCCUUGUCCUUGAUGGCAAGAACGGAAAUGUGCCCUGGGCAACUGGCAACGCUUGGGCACCUGGCUUUGCUGCCCGUGGUGGAAAAUACUAUUUCUACCAUAGUGGCAAUAACCCCUCUGUCAGUGAUGGCCACAAGAGUAUUGGUGUUGCCGUCGCGGACCAUCCCGAAGGUCCCUGGAAAGCUCAAUCCAAGCCCAUGAUCAAGGGUACUUCAGAUGAACCCAUCGUCAGCAACCAAGCCAUCGACCCAGCAGCCUUUCAAGACCCCAAAACCGGAAAGUGGUACAUAUACUGGGGCAACGGUGUCCCCGUUGUCGCUGAGUUGAACGACGACAUGGUGUCCCUCAAAUCUGGCACAUGGAAACGCAUCACCGGACUCCAAGACUUCCGCGAAGGUCUUUUCGUCAAUUACCGUAAAGGGACCUACCACCUCACAUACUCUAUCGACGACACAGGUUCAGUAAACUAUCGCGUUGGAUAUGCGACAGCUGACAACCCUCUCGGACCAUGGACGUAUCGCGGUGUUAUCCUGAAGAAGGAUGAGUCAAAGGGAAUCUUGGGCACAGGACAUAACUCGGUGAUCAACAUCCCAGGAACUGAUGAGUGGUAUAUUGCGUACCACCGAUUCCACAUUCCAGAUGGUGGUGGUUUCAGAAGGGAGACGACGAUUGAUGUAUUGCCUAUUAAGAAGGAUACCGGAUUGUUUGGAGAGGUCACGCCGACUUUGGAGAGCGUUAAGCCUAGGCCCUUGCGAUGA